CCUUUGACCACGCAACAGUCACUUCACACAACAACCUUCGUCACAAUGCCGAAGCCAAGAACGAAACACGGCAAAGACCGCAAGCGCAAGCACGACGAAGAUGCACCUGCGGACAUUGACGCCAAAAAGCCUCGCGUGGAGGAGAACGGCGACGAUGCAGCCCAAGACGAUGUCAUCCAGAUUGAUGAAGCAGCAGAAGGCGAUGGCCUAGGCUACGACAUGGGAUACUCACAUAAUGAGCCCGAGGGUGGUAUGGAAGAGAAGGAAUUCUUCGGAAUGCUCGAUGACGACCAGCAGGAAUACUUCCGCCGUGCCGACGAAAUGCUCGAACUCAACGACUUCCCCACGCCCGACGACCGCCUCGUUUUUAUCGAAAGUGUUUUCAAGGAAGCAGAGGGCAAAGAACUCAAAUUGGCCAGUAGUCAAUCGUGCUCGCGUCUCAUGGAGCGAUUGAUCCAAUUGUCCACCACAUCACAAAAGAAGAAGCUCUUCGAGGCCUUUGGCUCACACUUUCUGUCGCUUGUUCAGCACCGAUUUGCCAGUCACUGCUGUGAAGCUCUCUUUAUGCGCUCGGCUGGCGUGAUUACACAGGAGCUUGCUGGUUUUAUGGUAGAUACACAGGGUGCCGGCGAGAAUGGCUCCGAGCCCGAGGCUUCAAUGGAGUCGCUGUUCCUGGCGACGCUGGACGAGCUGGAGGGCAGCAUGGGCUUCCUGAUUACCGAUCGAUUCGCUUCGCACACCAUGAGAGUCUUGAUGGUGGUUCUCUCCGGCAAGCCACUUGAGGAUCUCUCGUUCAAGACCAUCAUGAAGAGCAAGAAAAAGGAAAAGAUCUCCGUCGCUGGCUCGCUGGCCGCCGACGAGCAGAACCGCGGCGAGCGUGCUGUGCCUGGCUCGUUCCUCAUCGCCGUCAACAAGAUUAUCCACGACUGCACAUCCACCAUGGACCCUACUGCCUUGCGUGUUCUGGCCAAGCAUCCCAUCGGAAACCCGACACUACAGCUGUUCCUUGAGCUUGACCUGACGCUUAACAAGGGCGAGCAAAAGAGCGAGUCGGAGCAGCCGUCGCUUCUCUACCAGCUUCUCCCAGGAGCACCCAAGUCGCUAUCCGACGAGUCAUCCGAGGCAUCGGAAUUCAUUAAUGGCAUGAUCUACGACCAGAUUGGCUCCCGUUUAAUUGAGACGUUGAUUGUCCACUCGCCAGGCAAAAUCUUCAAGGCUCUCAACCAAAACAUCUUCCUCCCCCGAAUUCAGGGCUACGUACGAAACGAUAUCUCCAGCUAUCCUGCCAUCAAGGUGCUGAACCGUAUCGGUAAAGACGACUUGCAAAAGGCCGUCGAGCAAAUCGCCCCUACCGUCCCCCAACUUGUCGCCAAGUCGCGAUUCAACGUCAUCAAGACGCUCUUUGAGCGCUCACACGCGCGUGGUUUGACCGAAGAAAUCAAGAAGCUCAUGCAGGGACUGCGUGAGGGCUGUGGCGCUCAACCAAUCGACCUGACAAUGACGCUCUGCUGCCUCAAGGACGAGGAGAAGAAGAGCAAGGACAUUACACAGGUUACCAAGAACCAGAGCGCCAUUCAGAACCACGGCGCCCAGCUUCUCACCACGCUCCUUUCCAUUUCAGGCCCUGCCAAGGGCGUGCAAAACUCCCUCUCCGCACUUCCUGUUGAUCUUCUCGUACGCCUCGCCAACACCUCUCUCGCAACCGUAACACUUCUCACUACCGCCCUCGCUACACCUUCCGCCAAUGGCCUCUUCCAAAAGACCAUGGUCAACAAUAUGAUGCCACACAUUGGCGACCUUGCCAUCUCUCAAAACGGACACAACUUCGUCAACGCUAUUGCUGGCAUCCCCACGCGCGGUAAGGAAUGCAGCAUCCCGCCGCACAUGAAGGACGCCAUCAUGCACACCCUCGGCCGACGCGAGUCUGAGCUGCGAGACUGCUGGAUGGGCAGAAGCGUCUGGAGAACAUGGAAGGGUGACAAGUGGAAGACAAAGCGCAUCGACUGGAAGAACUGGAUGAAGGACGUCGGCGCCGAGGAGUACCAGAAGCAGCAGGAGCAGCAGAAGCAGUUCAAGGACCGCCGGGGACAAGAGAGUUCCAACACGAUGCCUUUGGGGCGCAAGAGCAGGUUUGAAGAGAGCGAGCCCGUAGACGAGCCGAUGGAGGAGCCUGUCAAUGAGCCCGCGGAACCUGAGGCAGCCGAGGAGCCUGUAGAAGAGAAGAAGGAGAAAAAAGAAAAGAAGGACAAGAAGGACAAGAAAGACAAGAAGGACAAGAAAGAGAAGAAGGAAAAGAAGGCCAAGGCUGCCGCAGAAGAGUAAACUGUAGAGGGCAAAGCCGAAAUACCCAGCAUAUAAUGUACGAAUUAAAUACGAAUCAUCAUGUUUACUAUUACAUCUGUUUCUUACCGUCCAUCCAUCACUUACACGCAAAUUCCAGGUUCACUGCCCAGUCAC